GAGAGGAGGAGCCGGGAGAGCAGGUGAAACUGUGACUAAGUGGAAGUUAGGUCGGGGUUGAUUAAAGUUCCUGCGCUCCGUCUGGAGCAUCAGCAGUGCCAUCAGAGCACCAUGUUUGAGCUGUGCCGGUGGAUUGGGCUGUGAGGUAGAUCAGUCCUGGCUGUGAGGUAGACCAGUCCUGGCUGUGAGGAUGGCCAGAGAGCUGAGCCAGGAGGAGGUGCUGGACUUUCUGUGUCAGGGCGGAGGGAAGGUGGCCAAUGCCUCGUUGCUGGGUCACUUUAAGAGCUUCCUGAGAGACCCCCAGGCACCCCAAGAGCAGCUGCAGAAGCACAGAGACAGGUUCAAGCGCUAUGUGAACUCGGUGGCCGUGGUCAAGCAGGAGGGGGCAGUCAAAUACGUGGUGUUAAAAAGCAGGUACCGGGAUCUGCUGGGAGAGGAGCUGCGCCCACCUGUCCCACCUGAGCCGGACAACCGGGAGGACGGCAUCCGGGGAGAUAGCCGGGGUCUGCAUCCAGCUAACAAUCUCCAGGAACACCAGGGGCCACCGAGGUGCCAGUCUGAUGCCAGGCACAUUCAUGGCAGAGACCAUGGGCAGCAGCAGGGUGAGUGGCUGGGGCACGGAGAGAUACCUGUACAUUCCCUGCCUGAGAGUAAUGAGACUGAGAUCCCUGAACUUACUGCCUCUGUAAAUGGAAAAAAAUGGGAAGCCCCAACUUACAGGGCACCCUCCCCUCACCGUUCAACGCCCCAACCCACCUACACAGCACCUAUCAGACCACCACCACCCCAGGUCAGCUCCCCACCAGCCAAGCAAUCCCCAAAAAACACCUCAUUUAUCAACAUCAGCUCCCCACCUGCCAAGCACCCCACCAUAAACACCUCUUCUCGCAACAGCAGCUCACCGCCAGCCAAAUACCCCACGAAAACCACAUCUUCCCUCAACAGCAGCUCCUUAUCCUCCUCCCCAGCCCAGAGCUCGGAUCUUCCUAAGGUAGCUACCCCAGAUACAAGUGGCCCCUGGAGACAUCCACCUGGCGGAGAGGACAGACCUGAAACGGCAAAUCCUGCCUCUGUCACCUGCAGCAGGGAUCUGAAAGAACAAAGACAAGGGUACAUCUCACACAGUGAGUUUAAUCCACCAAAUCCUCGCUUAAAUGGUAGAUAUCCCCAGGAGGUGCACUUUGCGCAUGAAGAGCACAGUAACUAUGUAUACAGUGAACAGCAUUCUGACAGCCAGUACCUGGAGCGGCCAGAUUCUCCUUCCUCCUAUUACAAGAAUCCAGAGCACCCUUCCCCCUCCUCCCUGCUCCCACAAGAACAAGGUUUCACUCCUCCAGAUGUGUUGCUAGAAGAUUAUCCUCCACCAAGCCCCACUCCUUCCCCUCCUUUGCAUCAAAAUGAUAUGCAUGGUAUGUGGAUGUAUGAAAUGCCAAUUUUUAAGAGUAUAAGAUAUCAGCUGUCACUGCAGGACCUGGAAGACUUUGUUGACCAAGAAAGUUGUGGGAGUGAUGGGAGUGACAGUGGUGAAGGUGGGGACUGUGAUACAGAGCACAGAGAUGAGGAAGACCUCUCAAGUGACUCCAACAAUCAAAAGUGCCAGCCAUAUACUGAGAAGAAAUCUGACCUUCCUACUAGGCACCCUCCAAGUAAAAAAUUCCUUAGUAUAAUUGAACAGUACAAUAAACCACAAACUGAGGACUCCAUGGGUGUCACAGAUAUUGCUGUUGAGAGGAACAUAAGUCCCGUUGUAGCCAUUAACUCUAAGGAAUCUCCAUACAUUGCUAAGUCUUUCCUCACUGAUCAAGCACCAAUCUUAUUUGAAUUGUCUCUCAGUCACCCAAAAAACAGAAUUCACUCAAAUAUGCUGGAAAAUAUGUCAUCAUCAGAUGAUGAAUUAAUUGACAGGGAUUACCGAAAAAGAAGGCGCCCAUCACGGACAAAGAAACCGCCUAAUCUUCCAGUGGUGGCCCCAUCACCAGAUAUAGAUAGACUCCUAUUUACAAAAUCUGUUACAAACAACAGUUUCAUUAUAAAUGACUAUUUCCCUGUUGAGAGCCAAAUGCACAUUGAUGCACAGAAUGUUUCAGAAGGGCAAACGGAUACUAAUCUUAAAAGAACAAUUGCUUAUAAGUCUUCUACAGUUCCCUUAGACCAAAUGGAACAUGACUGGAUUGUUAAAUCAGCCUCUGGUUCCUGGCUUCAAGUUUAUGGCAUGUUUAAUAUGGACCCGAAUUUGGCUUUACGUAAAGAUUUCAUCUCUGGCUACACCGUUCUGCACUGGUUUGCCAAACACGGUUGUGUGGAAAUGUUCCAGAAAUUUGUAACUGGCGCCAAAAAGGCUGGGAUCGAACUGGAUAUGAAUGUAAAAACCAGUUGUGGAUAUACCCCUUUACACAUUGCUGCUAUCCAUGGCCAUUCUAAAGUGGCCACACUGCUAGUGGAAAACCUCAAGGUGAAUGUGAAACUGAGAGACAACAGUGGCAAGAGGGCUUGGCAGUAUUUAAGCUGCAGAACAUCUGGAGAGGUCUGGCAGUUGUUAGGAGCACCGAAGGGUAAAACCAUAUUCCCAUCUCGGGCUUUACCUGUAGUUCACAAUUUAAACUUGCACUAUGGUUCAAGCCAAAUCAACCGAAAAACAUCCUUGGCUGCCUUUCUUAAGCCGCAGCACCAGAAAUGGAAAGCUAAUAACCUCCCUGCUUUAAGAGAACGAGAGAUUUACAGUGACUGAAAAAUUGCCAUUUCUAUUAUUGUAACCCAUUCUGUGCCAGGGAGGUGUGCAAUAUAUUUUUUUCCUACCUCUUGGAUACAAAAAGUUAAAGGUACACUAUAGUGUCAUGAAUACAAACAUGUAUUCUUUACACCAGAGUGUUAAAAUUACUAUUUAGCUCCCCGGCUCCCCUUAUGUCACAAAACUUACCUUUUCUCCCAUGCCCACUUGAUGGCUGGCACAUCAAUCUCAGCUGAUCUAAUGCAAAACUCCUAGCUGCACCAUUCAGCAUCUCCCCAUAGGGAUGCAUUGAAUUAAUGCAUCUCUAUGGGUAGCGUUCUGUGCGUGAAGACACUGAACGUAGGUGCAGCACUGGGAUAGUAGGCACCUCUAGUUGCUGUCUGCGUGACUGCCAGUAGAGGUGCUCCUAGGCAGCAACGUAAACACUACCUUUUCUAUGAAAAGGCAGUUCUUACAGUGCUCAGCCUGCAGGGACAGGCUACAGACACCAGAACCACUACAUUAAGCUGUUGUAAUUCUAGUGACUAUAGUGUUCCUUUAAGCCACACUUCCAGAUUUUAUCU